UCUAAGAAAAAGUGAGGUUAUAUAGAUAUUCUUAAAGUUAAAGGAAAAUGAAAUAACUUUCACUAGUGGGUUCUAAAUUAUUAUAGUUGAUACUUUAAUAAAUAAAUGAACAUAGUAAUUUAGAUUUAUUACAAAAGUGAGAUGGAGUGCAUUGAUAUUGCGGGCAACUGCCGAGCAUGUCAAAUGGAGACUCAGGAGGAGUAUCAAAAGGUUUUCAUCUUUACUACAGCGAAACUCCCGGACAUCUUCAAGGAAACCACAUCUCUGGACAUUCAAGAGAACGAUGGACUACCCAAAGUAUUAUGUUACCCCUGCUACGACCGCCUCCUGGAAGCUUACAAUUUCCGGAAAAUGUGUUCUGCUGCAGCCCUGCACUUCCAGAGGAUUCUGUCAAUGGACAUCCCUGAAGAGAAAUACAUCCCACCUGAAGAUCCAAGCGAUAUUCAUUUAACAAAUACUUCCAAGGAGAUUUCAAAUACACAUCCAGAUGAUUUCAAUGCUCCUAACUCUUAUCAAAGGAACCUGAACUGCCUUCCGGACAGGAAAGAUUCUCCGACUGACUUUUUAGAUAUGCUCUCCAUAGAUGAAAGGUUUCCGGAAGUACUUAAGACAGACUCUGAUGAUGAUAUUGAAGUGAAAGAUAUAUUUCCUGAAUCAAACAUUCCAGGGGAGGAUUCACGCUUCCUCCAGGAUGGAGGCGAUUGUCAAAACGAACUUGAGACUGAUCCUGAUGACGAUGCUCCCUUAAUCUUUUGGAAGCUCAAAAAUACAUACAAGAAACAAGAGGAAGCUCCUAAUUUGCAGAAAAAGAAGGAAUUCAUCCACCGAAAAUCUCGUCAGGAUAUGCGCACAAGGAAAAAGUACAAAAACCAUCAAGGAUUAAAGUCUUCUAGUAUUAACCAGAAUGUAUGUGAUAUUUGUGGAGUUCAGAAGGCAACAGAAGAUGAGCUGAGUAGUCACAUGGAUACCCACAAAAAGGGUGACAUGUGGUUCUGUGUAACUUGUGACUACAAAGCAGUGGAAAUAGUAAUUUUGAAGCAUCAUGUCAAAGUAGUCCAUCAGGGAGUAAAGGAUUUCUAUUGUUCACGAUGUGAUCGAUUUUUCUCAACGGCAGCGAGUCAGAAGUACCACAUGCUACGUCACGAAGGUAUUAAGAAUUUUGAAUGUUCAGUUUGUGGAGUCAGGAAGGUAUCACUGAGUGAGCUGAAGAGUCACAUGAUUACUCACACGAAGGAAAAACUCUGGUCUUGUGAAUUCUGUACCUUCAAAACCAGUUUGAGAGGAAAUCUGAAGCGGCACGUGAAGGUAGUUCAUCAUAAAAUAAAGGAACAUCAUUGUUCACAGUGCAACAAAUCCUUUGCUACUCCCAGAAGUUUGAAAAAUCAUUCAAUGCUUCACACUGGAGAAAAGCCUUAUGGCUGCACUCAAUGUACUAAGAGAUUCAUUACAACUGAUCACCUGAAGCUUCAUAUGAAGCUUCACUUAGGGGAACACUUCUCUUGCAAAUCUUGUUCAUUCAAGACCAUUUAUCGGAUACAACUGACACGCCAUACUAAAAAAUAUCAUAAUGGAGUGCAGGAUUGCUAGAGAUCAGCCCUAAAGUAAAAGAUUCUUUUAAGUCCUAGUCUGAAUCUGAGUCAAAAUCCGAGUUCUAAAUCAUAAUUUUAGAUUCGUAAGGGAAUAUGUAUAAAGGCGGCAUUCUUAACGAGCGCCUUCGCCGCCAGAGGUCGCCCUAGAACCCUUAGCGGUUCUCCUAAUGAUCUAUAUAUCACGACGAUCCAACAUGAACUAACUUCCAAUAGUAACCCUUACUACGAUACCGUUUCCGAAAAAGUAAGUCAAAGCUUACACUAAGAACGCUCUUAGGAGAAAUCGGCGGCACGCUUAGAGACAUCUACCACGCUUAGAGACGUCAAUUCAAAUACAACUUGAGAGAUAACCGUUGGAGAAAGCUAGUGGUAACAAUAAAUGGACCUAUAAUUUCUCAAUUGUAUCAAAACCAUUUAAUAAAUUCCGUAUUAAGCCAAA